AUGAGCAGCAGCAAUCAGGUCAAGGGAUUCUAUUUCAAUGCGCAGAGACGCCUCUCCAGAGCGCAGGCACUAUGUCAGAAUUCGCAAGAUACCCUACACAAUAUGCAGCUCCUCCUUGUACGAUGGCAAAGGACAGUAUCGAAGUUACAGUUCACCAUACACUGCAUUUGUAACCAGACAGUAUUUCUAGCAGAGUGCAUACUCAAGAAGACGGUCGGGCAGCAACUCAUAGAAACGGAAUGGAAAAGGAUGCUUUUGGAUGAACUGCAGGGCGAAAUGCAGCGAUCCCAAGAGGAGAUUACCGGCAAGAUAGAUGCCCUCCGCAGAACGAAGAACGAGUUGGAUGGAAGUGGGGCAACGCUGGCGGACUUUAUAUCCAUGGAGAAUAUCUUCCUUCUGGGCGACAAGCUGAAGGACGUCCCUGUGGUGCAGGAACAGGUUGAGCACAUAAAAGUACAAUACGAGUCGCUGGUCGAUAAGGUAGUGGAGCAACUACAGAAUAACCGGGUGCGAAAGCUGGAAGCUGAUUUUGCUGCGGCCUUUCGCAGCGGAAAGAACGACUUCAAUGCGUUCAGCAUGAAGUAUCUACAGAAGAUUCGCCAGCUGGAGACUGAUCUUGCCGAUAUCCUAAAAUCGCUGACCGAUCACUACGACAAAUGCUCCCUGUUGAAGGCGGGAGACCUGCCGGCGGCCGAGCAGGCCGAAUUGUUUGAAGUGGUCAAGAACGAUGAUCAGGAACUGGACUCCAUAAUGGGGGUACUGGAGGUCAUUGUAAGGGACAUAAAGUCGUUGGCAAAGAACGUGUCAAUUAGGCUGCGCCAAAAGGAGAGAGACAAGCAACAAUUGAAAAAUGCGAUGGGGAAGGCGCACUCAGAGCUGCUGAAAUAUGAGGAACACCUCACCGUUUUCCAAGGAAUAGAUGAUCUGAUCCGGAACUUCAAGGCCUCCUGUUUGCAUAAUGUAUCUAAAGUUCGAGAACUGUGUGAGUUCUAUGACAACUUUCUGAACAGUUACCAGGUCCUUCUCAGAGAAGUAGAGCGGAGGCGUCGGGUAGCCAAACAGAUGGAGGAUAUUUUACAGGCCUGUGAAGGGCAGCUGAUGGCGCUGAGCGACACUGAUCUAAAGCAGAGACAGCAGUUCUUGAUGAGGCACGGAGACUACCUGCCAGAGAAUAUCUGGCCCGGCAAUAUUGAUGACCUUUCCCCUCUAUACGACCUUGAGUACAGGAUCAAAAAGGUAUAG